GAUACGGAAAUCUCAUCUUGCCUCCCAUCUCAAAAUUCCAAAACCACAGUAACUGAUCAAGGCAUCGAGUCGAGAAAUAUUUUGUGAGGCGAGAAAGCUGAAUUACGCAAACAAGGUUUUUGUUUCUCUCCGAUCAACCAAACUGUCCAAAUUUGACAUUAAUUAAAAUUAGAACUAAAUAAUUAGUGUGACUAAUUAUUGUCUUUUUCAAUUGUAAAUGGCAAACAACGGUGGUGGUGGACAGAUGGAAGUAGACGAGGAGGAAACCCAAGGACCCGUGUCGUCAUCUUCGUCCAAAGACCGGAAACGAUUCGAAGUUAAAAAGUGGAGUGCCGUCGCUCUCUGGGCUUGGGAUAUUGUCGUCGACAACUGCGCCAUUUGUCGAAAUCACAUUAUGGACCUAUGCAUCGAAUGUCAGGCUAAUCAAGCUUCCGCAUCUUCAGAAGAGUGCACAGUUGCUUGGGGUGUUUGUAACCACGCAUUCCACUUCCACUGCAUUUCUCGGUGGCUCAAGACUCGGCAAGUUUGUCCCUUGGAUAAUCGAGAAUGGGAAUUUCAAAAGUACGGUCAUUAAGGAGAUGUCAUCAAGUUUCAGUUUUGCACACAUACAACAACAGACGAGAUGCAGAUGUGGAUAACCAAAAUUAUUUAAAUUUGAAGCAGGGAUUGUAGAUUUUUUUUGUGUAUUUCUAAAAAAUUUAACCUAAUCUGUAAGCAAAGAAGAUUUUUUAUGCGACACAUAUUCUGAUCAUCAUAAAUUCUUGUCUGAUGCGAUUCUUAUUCAUAAAUGAAAUAAAAUACAGUUUGUUACAUACACAA